UACAGUACACUCGCUCUUGUCACUUAACGGGACCGUCACCACGCGUGACGGCAGAUACCAGAUCUGCUCACGGAAGAAACGCUCCGUCAACCACAUCUCCCUCAUCUCUCUAUCUCUUUCCCUAACGUCUCCGACGCCGUUUAUGGCCUCUUGCGGCGACGACGACGACGACGAUUUCUCACUCCUCCGUGACGACAACCACGACCACCACCUCCACCAACCCUACGCGCCUCAUCACCACAACCACCACUUCACCUCCCAACCGAAACCCGUCAACGUCGACGACGACGCCGCCGCCGAGGAUUACGGAAACCCGUUCGACGACGACGCCGUGAGCGAGAAACGUAAGGACCAUGACGAGAUCGGCGAAGGGACUUCACCGUACGCGUUCAACAAGAGGCCGAGGUCGACGUCCACGUGCGGAUCCGGCGGCGGCGGUGCAGAGUAUCGGAAGGAUCGUGAGGAGUGGAGCGAUACGGCGAUUAUGUGCUUGCUUGAGGCGUACACGGAGAAGUUCACGCAGCUGAAUCGGGGGAACCUGAGAGGGAGGGAUUGGGAGGAGGUUGCGGCGGUGGUGAGUGAACGGUGUGAGAAUCAAUCGAAGAGCGUGGAGCAGUGUAAGAACAAGGUGGAUAAUCUGAAGAAGCGGUAUAAGCUGGAGAGGCAUAGGAUGAACAAUGGUUGCAUCUCCAGUAGUCACUGGCCUUGGUUCAAGCAGAUGGAACACAUCGUUGGAAAUUCUCUUCCGACCAAAUUCUCCGACGAGGACAAAGCACUUGUUCCAGCUUCCAAUUCACCCAGACAAUCAAAGAGAUAUGGAGUAGCAACGCCUAGCAGUGGAGGUCAAGUAAACAGCAUGAAGUCCAAAGCAUUGUCAAACCUUAGAUGGCGGCGGGUAGUGCUCAAAAUUAGUGGAGCAGCUCUUACUGGAUCUGAUACCUGCAAUCUUGACCCUAAGGUGGCCAUGUUAGUUUCAAGUGAAGUUGCAAUAGCUUCCCGCCUUGGCGUCGAGGUGGUGAUUGUUGUUGGAGGUCGUAAUUUCUUCUGUGGAGAUGCUUGGGUGACUGCGACAGGCUUAGAAAGAUGUACUGCAUACCAAGUUGGCAUGAUGGCAACUGUGAUGAAUUCAAUAUUGCUCCAAUCAACUCUAGAGAAGAUGGGUGUUCAGACUCGUGUACAAACUUCAUUAGCCAUGCAGGAGUUUGCUGAACCAUACAAUAGGCAGCGGGCCAUCAGACAUCUUGAGAAAGGAAGAGUUGUUAUAUUUGGCGGUGUUGGUAUAGGUGCUGGCAACCCCCUAUUCUCAACUGACAUUGCUGCAGCUCUUCGUGCUUCAGAGCUUAAUGCUCAGGCUGUCCUCAAAGGUACCAACGUAGAUGGCGUAUAUGACUGCAACUCACGAGACAACAAUUUCACUUUCGAGCAUAUAUCCUUCAGGGAAUUGGCAUCGAGAGGAGUCACCUCUAUGGAUAUGUCAGCACUGACAUUCUGUGAGGAAAAUGCUAUUCCAGUUGUGGUUUUUAAUCUAUUGGCACCUGGGAACAUCUCAAAAGCUUUGUGUGGAGAACAAGUUGGCACACUAAUUGACCAAGCUGGAGCAAUAAGCUAACAUUUGCUUCAACCGAUUUAAUUAUUAUUAGGCGUCACUAAAUUAAGUGGGAUUCUGACCACCAUGGAGAUACUUGGAUAAGGAAAUAUCAAAGCUGCAGAGAUUCAGAGUGUGUGUAGUGGAAAUUGUAUUUUGGAGCCGAAGUCACAAAUUCCCUGUCACCAUGUUUUUUAGGUGGUAGUUGUUGUACCUUUAAUAUAUAUCUGUAAAAAGAAAAAAAAAUGCUUGUGUAUAUUGUUCCCAGAUUAAUUGUAGCAUUAGCAUAGUAAUGUUAAUGUAUUAGUAGUACCUUCCUUUGUUGGGAAUAUAGAGAAGGUGUCAUUCAACACAUUCAACUUUGUCUGUUAUCAAGUGCACUUAUAAUCACUUUGUUUA